AUGGCAGAAGAUCUUGUUGUUGGGAUCGACGUUAGAUUGACCGGUACCGGUGUCGCGUACAGACGUAAAGGUUAUGCUAAAGUGACUGCCCUGGGAUGGGGCAUCGAUGAGAGGGAUCCAAAGACACCCACGCGACUCUAUUACAAUGCCCACCAUCAGCUGCCGAAGCUCGUUGGAUGGGGGAUGGAGGUCCCCGACGACUCUACCGAGCAUCUUAAACUAAAAGAAGGGUUUAAACUCGACCUUGGAGCAGUUGAUGCUGACCAGGUUGAAGUGAAAAGGAUGUACAGAGACUUCCUUACCUGUUUGUUUCGCGAACUGAGCACACAGCGAUUUACGCCUGCUUUGCUGGGAGGCAAACAGUUCGAAGAGACCAGGGUUUUAUUCCUUUUUAGUGUGCCUGCCCUAUGGGACCCGGCUGUUGUCCAUGAUUUUACGCAGCUCAUUCGUGAAUCUGGCUUCGAAAAAGAGGGCCUUCGCAGCGUCAGUGUCACCAUGACAGAGCCGCAAGCGGUCGCUGCAUAUGAGAUUUGCGUACCAAAUUCGGAUUACAAACUCAAGGUUAGUGAGCUAAAGCCUUGA